UCUCGUCACAGCUUCUUCCUUCCGCUUCCGGUCUCCUCUCCAGCACCAGCUGCGUGGUUUAGCGGCGUUAAGCUAACCCUCCUCGUUUUCCCCUCAUCCAGCGUCUUAUGAGCUCGGGAUAAUAACCACCAUCAUGUCAUACCAAGAAGAGGAAACAGAGAACUACGACCCGUACGCAUACCCAAACGACGGAGACCGAGAACUGCACACCGGUGACCCUAAAGUAGACCUGGCCUAUGAGAGGCAGUAUGAGCAGCAGACCUACAGCGUCAUCCCAGAGGUGAUCAAGAACUUCCUGCAGUAUUUCCACAAAACCACCUCGGACUUAAUCGACCAGAAGGUUUAUGAGCUGCAGUCGAACCGCGUGUCCAGCGAGAGCAUUGAGCAGAAGAUCUAUGAGAUCCAGGACGUCUAUGAGAACAGCUGGAAUAAGUUGACUGAACGUUUCUUCAAGAACUCUCCCUGGCCAGAGGCUGAGGCCAUCGCAUCACUCGUUGGGAACGAUGCUGUGUUCCUAAUCCUCUAUAAGGAACUGUACUACAGACACAUUUACGCUAAAGUCAGCGGUGGGCCAACUUUGGACCAGAGGUUUGAGUCGUACUACAAUUACUGCAACCUCUUCAAUUACAUUCUCAAUGCUGAUGGCCCUGCCCCCUUGGAGCUGCCAAACCAGUGGCUCUGGGACAUCAUUGAUGAGUUCAUCUACCAGUUCCAGUCCUUCAGUCAGUACCGCUGUAAGACGGCCAAGAAGUCAGAGGAGGAGAUCGAAUUCCUGAGGAACAACCCAAAGAUCUGGAACGUCCACAGCGUCCUCAACGUCCUCCACUCCCUGGUGGACAAGAGCAACAUCAACCGCCAGCUUGAGAUCUACACCAGCGGAGGAGACCCAGAGAGCGUGGCUGGAGAAUAUGGCCGUCACUCCCUGUACAAGAUGUUGGGUUACUUCAGCUUGGUGGGGCUCCUGAGGCUUCACUCUCUGCUUGGUGAUUACUACCAGGCCAUCAAAGUCCUGGAGAACAUUGAGCUCAAUAAGAAGAGUAUGUAUUCCCGAGUGCCCGAGUGCCAGAUCACUACAUAUUACUAUGUGGGUUUUGCCUACCUGAUGAUGAGGCGCUACCAGGAUGCCAUUCGAGUCUUUGCCAACAUUCUGCUCUACAUCCAGAGGACGAGAAACAUGUUCCAGAGGUCGACAUACAAAUAUGAGAUGGUUAACAAACAGAAUGAGCAGAUGCAUGGCCUGCUGGCCAUCGCUCUCACCAUGUACCCGAUGCGUAUCGAUGAGAGCAUCCACACCCAGCUGAGGGAGAAGUACGGAGACAAGAUGCUGCGAAUGCAGAAAGGAGACCAGCAGGUGUUUGAGGAGCUGUUCAGCUUCGUUUGUCCCAAGUUCCUGUCGCCUGUGGUGCCAAACUAUGACAACGUCCACCCCAACUACCACAAAGAGCCUUUCCAGCAGCAGCUGAAGGUGUUUGCUGAGGAGGUGCAGCAGCAGGCGCAGCUCUCCACCAUUCGCAGCUUCCUGAAGUUGUACACCACCAUGCCAGUAGCCAAGCUGGCAGGAUUCCUGGACAUGACCGAGCAGGAGUUCCGUAUUCAGCUGCUCGUCUUCAAACACAAGAUGAAGAACUUGGUGUGGACCAGCGGCGUCUCAGCUCUGGACGGAGAGUUCCAGUCUGCUUCUGAGGUCGACUUUUACAUUGACAAGGACAUGAUCCACAUCGCAGACACUAAAGUAUCCCGUCGGUACGGAGACUUUUUCAUCAGACAGAUCCACAAGUUUGAGGAGUUGAAUAAGACACUGAAGAAGGUGCCAGCCAGCAGCGGCACCACCGCCGCCACCACCACCACCACCACCACCGCCGCCGCCGCUGCCGCGACCGUGACAGCAGCGAGUUCCGCAACCCGAGCAGUCUGACCAGCAGCAGUGAAGAAGACCCCCUCAGUCUUUUAACAACUAUUAUUGAUGAAAACUUUUCUAUGUAACAUGGCAACAAUAAAGCAAUGGAGUGGUGCGCUAAAA